UACCUGAGCGCAAUAAGUGACUGGUUGGCUUCAAUGUAAAGUGCUCACGGGUGUUAGGUGAGGCGACGUGUAAGUGAAAGCGAAUUAUGAAGUGCCAGCCAGGCCACGAGUGAGUGUUCAGUGUCGUUGUGUUCCAUCAAAUUCAGCUUUUUCCUAUAGACGUCGUCGUAGCCUCGAAGAUGCUGGGUGAACGUGUGGAACUUCCCAGUCAUUCCUGAUGUUGAACGGGAUGCUGGAAAGGUGCAGAACACUACAGCAGUGUCGAGAUGCUGGCGCCGUGCCGGCGGGUGUUGCGUCUCUGGCCGGUGCUCUUAUCUAUCUCGGCGCUCUCCGUCGUUUUGCUGUGGCGCAGUCACGAUGACGAAGAAGCAGCGCCGGAUGAAACAGACAGGGACAAUUGGGUGGCUGUCAGGUUGGGGCAGGACCAGAAGGAGUAUAUAGAUCGCCGAGGUGUUCAUGUUGUGGUGGGUCACUACAUGGGGGAUGCAAACAACAUGCAGAACCCUCCUAACCUCACAGAUGAGCUUCUGAAUGCGAACAUGUUUGACCCACGACCCAAUGAAGGAAGAAAUGGGCAGCCAGUAAUGAUCCCAUCCCAUGAGCUGCUCAAGAUGCAGCAGCUGUUCCACAUCAAUAGGUUCAACUUGAUGGCCAGUGAUCGCAUCCCGCUGAACAGGACUUUGCCGGAUGUGCGCAAGAAGAGGUGUCAGAAGAAGCUGAAGAACCUAAGCCACCUGCCUGCGACAACAGUGAUCAUCGUGUUCCACAAUGAAGCAUGGUCCACACUCCUGCGUACCGUUCACAGCGUAAUCAACAGGUCACCCCACAACCUGCUGCAGGAGAUUCUCCUUGUGGAUGAUGCCAGCACGAGAGCAUUUCUGCGGGAGCCCCUGGAUGAGCAUGUGGCAAAGCUCCCAGUUUCAACCCGGGUUCUGCGCACCAAUGAACGAGUGGGUCUGGUGAGAGCUCGGCUCAUGGGGGCCAAGGAAGCUCAAGGACAGAUCCUCACCUUCCUGGAUGCCCAUUGUGAAUGUACCAUUGGCUGGCUUGAGAGCUUGAUCUCCAGAGUUGCUGAGGAUAGGACUCGUGUGGUGUGUCCAGUGAUUGACAUUAUCAGUGAUGACACUUUUGCAUAUGUGAGGAGUUUUGAGCUCCACUGGGGUGCCUUCAACUGGGAACUGCACUUUCGUUGGUAUACUCUUGGGGGCGGUGAGAUCAAGAAGCGAAAAGAAGACAUCACAGAGCCAUUUAGGACUCCAGUAAUGGCUGGUGGGCUCUUUGCAAUGGAUAAGGAUUAUUUCUUUGAGAUUGGUGCCUAUGAUGAUCAGAUGGAAAUAUGGGGAGGUGAAAAUCUGGAGUUAUCAUUCCGGGUGUGGCAGUGCGGUGGCAGUGUGGAGAUAGCACCCUGCUCUCAUGUUGGCCACCUCUUCCGCAAAUCCUCGCCAUACACGUUCCCAGGGGGAGUUGGUGAGGUGCUGUACUCUAAUCUUGCAAGAGUUGCUCUUGUGUGGAUGGAUGACUGGAAGGAAUUUUACUUCAAGUUCAACCCAGGGGCUGCCCGACUGAGAGACCGUCAGAGUGUGAGAUCACGGAUCGAACUCCGAGAGAGGCUGAAGUGCAAGAGUUUUGAGUGGUACCUAGACCAAAUCUGGCCACAGCAUUUCCUGCCUAAGGAAGACCGCUUCUUUGGUAAGAUACGUAGCCGUCAGUCAGGUGGCUGUCUGCAGAAGCCACUGGGUAAGGGCAGUCUGAACCAGCCCAUGGGCUCUGCUACUGUAAUCAGUUGUACUGAGGAGCCAAAUCUGCUGCAGUUGUUUGUCAUGUCUCCCUCAGGAGUCAUCAUGACAGAUGAAUCUGUGUGCCUGGAUGCCCCUGAAAAGGACCACACCACGCUGCAACCCAAAGUUCGCAUCAUGGCCUGCAGUGGGCAGGACCGCCAGAAGUGGAGCUACAAUUCUAAUACAUUCUCCCUGCAGCAUGUUUCAAGUGGAAUGUGUCUGUCCCUGCCAGAGUCCAGCAAUUUGGAAGAAUCUCUGGUUCUGCAGGCCUGCACACAGCACAUCAGCCAGCAGUGGCGACUGGAAGCAGUUCAAUGGAAGUGAAGGUGCCAUACUGAAGUAAUUAUUUUACAAAAAAGCAGGAAUUUGUGACUCACACCAAAAUUGUGCAGUGCUGCUAAACAUUGACAUGUAACACAAGUUAUUUCAUUUCAUAGCUCAGCAUAGGAUCUAGUUUUAUGUGCUUGUGUGGAUUACAAUGAAUUUGAUCAUAUAACAGACUAUAAAGAUGGAGGCAGCAGGUUGCAGCAAUUUCCCCUUGAACCUCAAUAACCAUCUACACUUCCACAGGGUGAUGAAAUCCAGAAGACUAGAAUUCAGCAAAUUUUAUAUCCAAUCAAAAUGCUUCUGUCUGAGCAAGGGACAUUCUGUAUCAUACUGUAAAGUACAGUAAUUUCCAUAUUGGAAACCGUGAUGGACUGUGUGCUUAUGAAUUCUAUAUCAGUUCAGAUCUUUCAACCCAAGUGCAGAUUCAUGGUUGCAUAGAAGUGUACUAAAUUUGACUGGUAGCUGAGACUAGUUACUGUAUCUACUAGUGAGAAAAGAGAAUUUGGAUGAAAGUUGUAAAUUUUGUAACAAUCUGAACAUGUGUUAUACCAAAAAAAAAAAAAAAAAAAAAAAAACAAUUUAGCCCGCAUUCCGUCCAUAGUUAAUGUUGGGGUAGCCCACUACAUCUAAUACUUUAGUGUAUUAAUGAUAACAUUCCAAGAAUUAUGAAUUUUAUUUAGUCACUUUGUAAUGCAAGGUCUGUGAUCACUAAUCAGAAGCAUCUUUAUGGAUUGUGAUUUGCCAAUUUACUAUUUUUGGCGGAUUCACAAUGAAAAAUUGCAGAAGUGCACCUUCAAUGCGUCUGCAUGUACAGACUCAAGAACUGUAGAACAGAUUUUUGUAAAAUUAUGUA